GUCUUUUGCAAGGGUGAUGGUUGAGAAGAGUUUUUCGUAUCCGCUUUGAUGCAGAUGGAUUUGUUUUGAUCUGAUUGGGAAUGGCUUUGGAGAUUUAAAGAUUUUGAUAUAUUUCUAAUUUAUCUUUUUCGGGAUCAUCAAGAAGAUUUUUUGUUUAUUAUUUCAAAGGCUUCUUCUUAUCUAAUAAUUAAUUAAUUGUGUGGAUAGAAUUGUUACUCAUCAUGAUUCAAUUAAUUAAAGGAAAGAUAGUUUUAAAACUUUCCGAACGCAAUAUCCUCUAAAAAGGAAAAACAGAAAAUUGGAAAUAUUCCAAACAAAUAAUUAGAAAAAGUUUCUUCAACAAAAAGAAAUAUGAAGAAGAGAGAAGGAGCAACCGAGAAUUGUCAAAUACAGCUUCAGCACAAUCCAAAAACUGCUCAAGAUUUAUUCAAGCAUUUACAACCCCAAACUAUUCAUUUACCUCCUUUGGAGAAUGGUGAAAUACUAAUCAAGGUAUUAUAUAUUGCCUUGGAUCCAAGUUUGAAACCAUUACUAGCUGGAGAGAAGAUACCAUCUUCUAGUGAUGGUACUCAAAAAAAAGAUUUGGUUUAUGAUCAUCCUCCAAGUAAAACAACCAUAGAUGAAAAGGGAAGUAAAUUGAUUAUACCACCACCAAGUAUUGAUAUUACUACAUGUCAAGCAACUGGAAAUACUCAAUUUGCAAAUUAUUUCCCUCCACCAUUCUCUAAACAACAAGAAUGGAUUGAGAGUAAUCAUCCUUCAAUUGGCAGUAAUUUGAAUACAGAUCCUAGACGAAUACUCAAUUAUGGUGUAUUGAAGGCGUAUGCAGUUGGUGAAGUUAUCGAAUCUAAAAAUCAUUUAUUCACUAAGGGAAGAAAUGUUUACGGCAAUUUGGGAGUUCAACAAUAUUUACUUUCGAGUGGAGGAAAAGAUUUGGAUGAUAAUAUGGUCCGUGAUAUUACAAUGGAUUCUCCAUUAUCUGCAUUCCUCACUCUUUCAAAAGCAGGUUUAUGUGCAUAUUUUGGAAUCACAGAGCUUAGCAAUGUUGCAGAGGGUGAGUGUGUAUUUGUAACAGGAGGUACUGGUUGUGUUGGAUCAUUUGUUCCACAGGUCGUGAGAGCCUCUCUUUCUGAUAAGAAGAUUAAAGAGGGGAUUAAGAAUGACGAAACUCAUCACGAGCAUGUUCACAAAAGCUCACCAUCAUCCGUUGGUAAUCAUACGCACAAUAAUGGCGAAAAGACAUCAUUAUGCAGUUCUAGUCAUUGUUUAAUUCCACACCGAUCUUGUAAUAAGGCCAAAUCCCCAACUCUAUCAUGGCUCUUCUCUUCAUUAAUUGAAGAAGAGAAUGAGGAAGAAUAUGACCUUUCACACUCUAACAAUGAGGAUGAAGAGCACUUUCCCAAAUCUUCUCAUGAGGUCAUUUCGAGAGAGGAUGAGCCAUCUGAAGCAACCCACUUUAUACACGAUCCAAUCGUUACCCCACAUGGUCAUCUUUACCAUUCCCCAGAGGAGAUGAAACAUGGUCAUCAUCUUCACUUGCCUCACCAUACUACUCAUCACCAUCCUUACUUACACAAUGUAGAAAGAUUGAAUCUGAUGAAUUCAUCAGCAUCUACUCAUAUUCCUCCACAGAUUAAGAUUUUUGGAUUUUGUUCCUCUGAUUCAAAAAAAUCACUUAUGACUAAUAAGCUCAAAUAUGAUAAUGCCAUCAAUUAUUCAAAUUACAUGAAAAAGAAGAAUACUUCAGAGAGUGGAGCAUCCACUACAGAUGAUCCACUAAACAGCCCAUGCGCCUCUUGCCUUAUUCCAGCAUGGUCAUCGGUGUCUCCAUUUACACACAUGUAUGGUGCCAGUACGGGUAGUUCUUGCAGUGUAUUGCAAGAUCAACCAGCAGAUACUUGUCUACUCAAAACUGGUCAAAGAUAUGAUUAUUCCAAAAUUGAUAGAGCUGCAUUGAGUAAGGCUAUUGGAGAAAUGUGCCCAGAUGGAAUUGAUGUGGUCUUUGACACUGUGGGAGGUGUCUUGCUUGAUUUAUGUUUAGAACAUUUGAAAACAAAUGCAAGAAUAGUUAUUUGUGGAGCCAUUGCAAAUUCCAAUGGAAUUCAGUCAUUUUCAUCAUCGGUAGGUAAGAAUGAGAAUGAAGCAUUUGAAGGCCCUCACAAUUAUGUAAACCUUAUCCUGAAAUGUGCCAGAAUGGAAGGAUUUAUGGUUGAAAAGUUCCAGUCCAAAUUCAAGCAAGCUUCCCAUACUCUUGUGAGAUGGAUUCAAGAGAAGAAGAUUGAUAGCUUGGAAGAAAAUGUUAUUGAAUGCGAUCUCAAAGAUCGAACACAAGUUAUCAAUGCAAUUGAGAAAUUAUUCAGUGGUGAAUAUUAUGGAAAGUUAAUUGUUAGAGUAAAGCAGAGUGGUACACUUUCCAGUCCUCAACAUUAGUUAACAUUACAAAUAUACUACAUUAUAUAUAUUUAUUCAGUUUUGAUUUUGGUUGAUCUUACUCUGCAACAACAGAAGCAACAACACAAGCAAGUCAAGAAACGUUUAACAAUCAGUGCGAAAAUUCCAAUUUGUAGAGCAGUUGUAAUGAAUAUGAAACUAGACCAUUCCAAUGGAAGCUUCAUUCCAUCAUCACCUUCAUCAAAUCCCCUAUGUCCAUUAAAAUACUUGAAUGUAAAAUAGAGCGCAUUGUGAAUUCUCUCACCUGAAUUUGAUGAGUAAUACUUGAAUAAUGAGCUUGCCCAUUGAAUUCUUUCAGCCUUUUCUUGACUAAUCAAGGUGCUUUCUAUCAAGUUACCAAAUGUUUGAGGAGUGAUCCAUUUCGAAUAGAUCCAAUCACCAAAAUCUUUAUCCUGCAAACGAUUACACACUAAAAAUUGAUCAGCAGUUAUUGGAAUACCAACCAAGAGCUUUCCAUAAAAGAUUCCCUCACUC